ACGCUCGAUUCUCGGCUUAUUGCUCCCAUGAUUAUACUACUCCUUUUUAUACCUAUUGAAUUAGUUAAAGCGGAAGUCAUAACACUGACACCAGAAACCUUUUCUGACAAGAUAAAGGAGAAAGAUACUGCGUGGUUUGUAAAGUUUUGUGUUCCUUGGUGUAAACACUGCAAGAAAUUGGGGAAUUUGUGGGAAGAAUUGGGAAAAGCAAUGGAGGGAGACGAUGAAAUUGAAAUUGGUGAAGUAGACUGUGGUACUAGCAGAGCUGUUUGCACCAAAGUUGAAAUUCACUCAUAUCCAACAUUUAUGCUAUUUUACAAUGGAGAAGAAGUUUCAAAAUAUAAAGGGAAAAGAGACGUUGAAUCGCUGAAGGCGUUUGUUAUAGAGGAAACUGAAAAGGCAGCUGAAAAAUCGCAGCUUGAAGACAAGGAACUGUGAUACAACUAGUCAGUGAUUAUUAGAACCUGAUACAUUAUUCCCUUUGGUUUUCAGUAUGCCUAUGCAGUUGUGUGACUCUUACUGUUAGUUAGAUAGGCAUGGCUUCAAAAUUCGAUAUCCAGCACGAUGGACGAACAUCUUUGGCUUUAAAGGUUUUUCACACCACUGUUUUGCUAAAAUUUUCAGUUUCCAUUUUAUUUACAGUCAGAUAGGCAAAGGCAGAAGUGCACUUACUCGAGAUUUCUUACAAGUUUGUGUUGUAUGUUCGUUUUAAGAUUAGCUGCAGACAAAAGUUCUUGCUUUGAAAUUUCAUAUUCAGUUGAUUGUCAGAACUACUAAUAUGCAUUAGUAACCUUGAGAAAGAGACAGAGUAAUGCUAACUUUAACUGUCUUUUGAGAAGUGAAAAAAACAUGAUUCUACUG